AAUUUAUUCACAAAACAGGGUUUCAAGAUGAUGAGAGCUUUUCUCCUGCAUUUUGUGUUCUCCCUCUUCUUACUUUCCAUGCAUAAUAUUUCCUAUGCAAGGGAUACAAUCACUUCCACUCAAGUCCUCAAAGAUGGCGAUACCAUUGUUUCUUCUGGUGGUAUCUUUAAGAUGGGUUUUUUUAGCCCAACCGAUUCACAGAAUCGCUAUGUUGGUAUAUGGUACAACCAAAUACCCAAUCGCACUGUAGUUUGGGUUGCCAACAGAGAUACUCCUCUCACUAAUACCUCAUCAGUAGUCUUGAAGAUUGUCAAUAAUCCAGGCCGGCUAGCUCUAGUUGAUGAUGGCAACAACGAUGCUAAUAUCUACUGGCAAACUAACACUUCCAGACUAAUCUCAAAUCCGGUUGCAAAGUUAUUGGAUUCUGGGAAUCUGGUGGUGAUGGAUGCAAAUGAUGAUAGCCCAGAGAAUCUCCUGUGGCAAAGUUUUGAUCAUCCUACAGAUACUCUAUUGCCAGGCAUGAAACUCGGGACGAAUUUCGUUACUGGUCUUAACACAACUCUAUCGGCAUGGAAGUCAGAAAGCAAUCCAGGGAUGGGAGAAUAUAAGCUUUACAUUGAUCCUGCAGGAAAUCCACAACUCAUCUUAAGAAAAGGUAGAAAGGAAGUGCUUCGAUCAGGGCCAUGGAAUGGUUUGGAAUGGGGUGGAUUUCCUGGAAUGAAAAAGGGGAUUGGCGAAAUGUUGGUAAUCUUUAAUAGGAGUGAGGUUUCCUACAGUUAUCAGAUUUAUAACAGCUCGAUAAUCAGGGCAGUCCUGUCAAAUGCUGGGAAUUUAGAAAUCAAGGUGUGGUUAGAAUAUGGAAGAGGGGAAUGGAACAAUGUCCAUAGUGUACCAAUAGAUGUUUGUGACGAAUAUAAACACUGUGGGGCAUAUGGGAGUUGUGACUAUAAUAAAAGCCCUGUUUGUGGAUGCUUGGAUAAAUUUUUGCCUAAAGAUCCAGGAGCAUGGGGAAGGGUAGAUUUUUCUGGAGGGUGUGUUAGGAAGACACCUCUGAAGAAGAAUUGUCAAAAUGGAUCCUCAGAUGUAUUCUUGAAAUAUUCUGGUGUUAAAUUGCCAGAUACAAGGUUUUCAACCUUCAAUACUAGUAUGAACCUUCAAGAAUGCAGGCAAGUUUGUUUGAAGAAUUGCUCUUGUAUGGCUUAUUCAAGUAUUGAUAUAAGCAAUGGAGAAAAUGGGUGCUUGCUUUGGUUUGGAGAUUUGGCUGACAUUAAAGUUCUACGUGUGGAUGGGCAAGAUCUUUACAUAAGGAUGGCUUCCUCUGAUUUAGAUUAUCCUUCAAGUUCAAAGGGCAAGAAACCAAAACUAAUCAAAUUGACUUCAUCAAUAUUGGGUGGAAUUCUGGUGCUGAGCUUGAGCUUGACUCUGGUCAUAAUAUUGUACAAACGGAAAAUGAAGGAGAUUCAGUUAAAGUUAAAAUGGGAAGAAGAGCAAACACUAUUUGAAGUAUCUACAAUAACAAGAGUUACUCAUAACUUUUCACUCAACAACAAAAUUGGAGAGGGAGGAUAUGGACCUGUUUACAAGGGCGUUCUAGAUGAUGGAAAGGAAAUAGCUGUGAAACGACUUUCAAAGACAUCUAAGCAAGGGCUUGUAGAAUUUAAAAAUGAAGUCAAUUCUAUUGCCAAACUUCAACAUAGGAAUCUUGUGAACCUUCUAGGAUGGUGCAUUCAAGGAGAAGAAAAGAUGUUGAUCUAUGAAUAUAUGCCGAACAAAAGUCUUGACUCAUAUAUAUUUGAUAAUAGAAGAAGUGCAUUACUUGAUUGGCCAAAACGCUUCAACAUUAUUAAUGGCAUUGCAAGAGAACUUUUGUAUCUGCACCAAGAUUCUCGAUUAAAAAUUAUUCAUAGAGAUCUCAAAGCAAGCAACAUUUUGUUAGAUAUUAAUAUGGACCCAAAAAUAUCAGACUUUGGCUUGGCAAGAAGCAUUGAAUUUAACGAGACAGGAGCAAAUACAAAUCGAGUUGCUGGUACAAUUGGUUAUAUGUCUCCAGAGUACGCCGGGCACGGGAUCUUUUCUAUUAAAUCAGAUGUGUUUAGCUUUGGUGUCCUGGUACUGGAAAUUGUGGGUGGGAAAAGAAAUAGGGGAUUUUCUCAUCAUCAAGAUCACUAUGAGAACCUUCUUGGCCAUGCAUGGAAGCUAUAUAGAGAUAGUAGAUUGGUUGAACUUAUAGAUGAGCAUCUGGAUGAACCAUGUGAUUUUCCUCAAAUUCAAAGAUCAAUCCAUGUUGGCCUGUUAUGUGUUCAACAUUGCCCGGAAGAUAGGCCAACCAUGCCUUCCAUAGUACAAAUGUUGGCAAACAAUGUUGAGUUGCCUAUUGCUAAAGAGCCUGGGUUUUUUACAGAAAGCGUGGUACAAAUUAAAGCCAAUUCAUCUCCAAAUAAAGAAAUAUCGUGUCCCAUAAAUGAAGUCACUAUUUCAUUGCCCCGUUAA